GCAAUAUGGUUGCCGUGGAGAAAUGACGCUGCGAGCUGUCAUAAGUGUGUGUAUUUUCUUAUCAAAACGUAAUCUGUUUGGCGGUUAGAAGAGGAGGGCAAAACUUUACGGAAAAGGGCAAAAAACACACACACCAACACACUUGCAAACGCAACCUCUCCGCAUUCGAAAGGGCUCCGAAGUUCCGAAAGACGAAGCCUCCAGCAUGACGGACGAUGUGAAGCGGUUUUUCCACAACAUCCGGAAACGUGUUGCCGGGCUGAACUGUAUCAUCAUCACCGACCGGGACGGCGUGCCGCUGAUGAAGGUGGGCGACGACAAAUCGCUCGGCAUGAUCAUGAAGCCAUCGUUCCACACCACCUUCACGAUGGCGACGGAGCAGUCGAACAAGCUCGGACUGGGCCGUAACCGGAACAUCAUCUCCGUCUACACCGGCUACCAGGUGGUGCAGAUGAACAAGCUGCCCCUGCUCGUCACGUUCAUCGGCACGGAAAGCUGCAACAUCGGCCACAUACUGGCCCUGGACCAGCAGAUCGAGCUGGUGCUGGACGAGGUGAAGGUGGCCGUUACGGAAACGUGAAGGCCUCUCCCCGGUCGUGCGCGUUCGUCACGCUUCGAGCUUCGAGUGCAACUCCCAAAUGUGCCGUCAGAGGAUAAAAGUUUAUUCACAAAUCGAUUAAAACAAAAUAGUUCUCUUUUCACUUAA